GGUCUGCAGUGUUUGCAGCGAGACACGUGAUCAAACAUUGCGUCACGCGCGGGUUCAAAGUUGAAAGUCAAAAUCCAGGAGCCCCUGCUCAUACACGGCUAAUCGCAGCAUGGCGAUUUUCGCAGGUUAUAGAGUGCUCUCGCAGGCUUUUCGACCGCUCGCUUCCAGCCUCGACGGAUCGUGCAGAUCGCUGGAGCAAGCUAGAUGUUUGCACCAUGUCCUACAAACAAAUGAACGACAGUAUGCCCGUCCGGGGACACACGGAGCACGUCGCCAGUACAGCUCUGAUGCAAAGUCUGGGGAUGACCUGUGCGUUAGAUAUUUGGACGGGGAAGAUUCAGGGAUUGUUGUUUUCGGGAUCAAUCGACCGAAGGCUAAAAAUGCAAUUAGCAAAAACCUUGUUAAAAUGAUGUCAGAAGCUGUGGAUGCAGUUAAAGGAAAUAACAAGGUGCGCACUGUAAUCCUGUGCAGUCUGGUACCUGGGAUAUUCUGUGCAGGGGCCGAUCUGAAGGAGAGAGCCAAAAUGCACCAAAGUGAAGUUGGACCCUUUGUUUCCAAAGCAAGAACGCUCAUUACAGAACUCGGUAAUCUCCCCAUGCCCACCAUCGCUGCCAUCGACGGGGCCGCCUUGGGAGGGGGCCUGGAGAUGGCUCUGGCCUGUGACAUCCGCGUGGCAGCUACCACUGCCAAAAUGGGACUGGUUGAGACAAAACUAGCCAUCAUUCCUGGUGCAGGCGGUACCCAGCGUCUGCCCCGGGCCGUCGGGGUGUCCCUGGCCAAGGAGCUGAUUUUCGCUGCCCGGGUGCUGGACGGGGCGGAGGCUCAGACCCUGGGCCUGGUCAGCCACGCCGUGGAGCAGAACAAGAGCGGGGACGGGGCGUACAGGCGAGCCCUGGACCUCGCCCGCGAAUUCCUCCCUCAGGGGCCCAUUGCAAUCCGAAUGGCCAAGCUCGCCAUCAACCAGGGGAUUGAGGUGGAUUUAGCUACAGGUUUAGCCAUUGAAGAGGCCUGUUAUGCCCAGGUGAUACCAACAAAAGACAGAAUCGAGGGUCUCACAGCGUUCAAGGAGAAGAGGCCUCCGCGAUUCAAGGGAGAGUAGAUUCAUUGGCCGAUCAGAAACAGCUGCUGCCUUCAAGUUUUUAAUUUCACAGCUUCUCUCUGAUUUCGUAACACGAAAGUAAAAAAAUGAUUUAAACUGAAUUAGGGCCCGUCACCAGGGGCAGGUUGGACUGCCGGUAAGCUGAAAAAGCCCCAGGUGGGGCAGUUGUGUGUGUGUGUGCGUGUUUUUGUUUGUAAAAGAAGCUGUUCGGGUCAAAAUGGCGGUCGCGUCUGCCAUCUUUCCAUGAGCGGUCCCUGGCGGGUUUUUUGGGUGGCGUGAGAACGGACACUAAAAGCGUGCCGGGCCCAGAGAGGGUCGGAUUUGGGAAUGUUUAAACCCAGCUCGUCCUCGGCGUACCGUAUCCGAAGAGCUCCGUUGCAUGGUUUGAAAAGUUUUAUUGUCUCAUAAGUUUGCCGUCUUUUCCGUCUGUGAUGAUGCAGUUUGUUUUUUUGUCUUUGUCUGUGUAGCAGUUAAUUUCCUCUUUUGUCUGCGAAGCAUAAGUUGGUUUCACUUCCGGUUAAUUUCUUCUUCGUGAUGCAUAGUUAUCCAGCAGUACUGUAUACACUGUAUGUAAGCGCCACGGACCGAGCCUUUUGUUUAUUGUGUCGGACCAUGUCGAUGUAAUCGAGUAUGCUUGUGUUAAUCCAGGUAAAACCGGAAUGAAUAUCCCCUCUUUAAUUAGAACAGGAUAUUAACACUGGCACGGGGAUAUACUACUUCGUAGGCUUCACCAUAACUGUACGUUAUGACACGAAAAAAAUAUUUUGCUUACUAAUUUCCAAAGAGAGGCACUUGGACUUUAACUGUAUUUUUAGAAGAUGAUGUUGAUUUCCGAUGGAAAAGAAUGAUUAUAUAUAUCUGUAACAAUAAAGUAUUGUCCCAUCCACCUCAGCACGUCGUGAUUCAGAUUCAGUGUCGUGUAGUUGCACUACAAGUAUUUGUACACACGAAAACAUAAACCAUUACAUUACAUUACAUUACAGGCAUUUGGCAGACUCUCUUAUCCAGAGCGACGUACAACAAGGUGUAUAACCAGGAACAAGUAUGACGAAACCCUUAGAGAGAAGUACCGGUCCAAGUACAGGGAACAACCGCAUAGUUAAACUUGGACCCUGAAUGUUAAACUGAUUAACACUAACACAACGAGAACGGCAACAACGCAAUCUAUGGAAAAAAUACAAGCAGUAGUUAAGACAGUUAAUGCAACUAAGUCACCUACGAAACAGCUGCCUAGUUACAACCAUAAGCUUACAGUCAUUUACAGAGGGGUAGGGAGGGAUGGGGAGAGGUGCAGCCUGAAGAGGCGAGUCUUCAGUCACGCCGAGAAACCAAGGUCAAACAACGGCUACUGUGCGCGAGAGAGAGAAUGUGUUUUCAGAGGUCGACUCCCGCUCUUGUUUAGGUGUCUGAUAGGAGAUAUCUGCUUCCAAAAUCAGAUCACUAGAGCAGUGUUUCUUAAAACUGUAGGCCAGGACUCAAAGUGGGACACGGGAGUGUAUGAGGUAGGUCCCGGAAUGAGUCUGUAGUCCACCAAGCUUUGCUAGUACGUGCAUUUGACAGUUGUAACCUGAGUGGUACUAAAUUUCUAAUUUCGGUCUCGAUAUUGGAAAGUUUGAGAACCAGUGGGGUAGAGGGCUUGAGCUUAGUAAUGGGGAGUGAAUGGUCACACAGUCUGCACAGUUUAAACUACUAAUGUUUAGGACAGACUGUCUGAAAUGUGACUGCUGCCACUUCCUGUCCUACUCAUUCCAGUGUUUGUGCAUACAGACUUAAAGAUAAGCGACGGCGACACAAACUCUUUGUCGGCUGGGGGCCGCAUAUUUUAUGGGUUUUACUCAACGUUACUCAACUUAACCUGUGAGUCACGGCGACCGAAACGGCACAAAAAAAGAUUAAAAACUAAAUUCUGUUUAAAAUUUAGCAUUAGCAACCAUUUACAAACACGGCUGUCGCACUGCACUCCACACAGUAGGUAUUUUCCGGAGGGAAUUACCAGCGCUGGACUGUUCCAUCAAUGAGAUUGUUGUUGUGUAUAAUUUGUCACAGUGGCAUUCAUUAAGGGUGGAAAACGGUCUCGACUGAAUAAGUGUGCUAAACUUCUAAUACCGCGUUUUUCUGCUACUCUUCCGUUU